AUGACCAAAAAUCUGUUCCAGUUUUGCCUUCUUCUCCUCCUACUAUUGGAGCUGAUGUCUCUGGCGGAGGCCCAAGUCUGUUUCCAGAAUAUCACCCGCCCAAUGAAUGUCAAACGAGAUAAUCGAUUUGUCAAGGCAAAUAUCACAACCACUAUAAAAGUUUGCUGUGAAGGAUACGAACGCGAUCCGAAGGAAAAAAGCCGGUGCAAACCGAUUUGUGAAGAGGGAUUUUCAUAUGCCAAGGGUCAGUGUAUACCGAAAUGUGAUAACUGUGAGCUCGGAGAAUGUUUAUCGCCGCAAAACUGCAAAUGUAAUAACGAAGGCUAUAGCUGGUCGGCUGAUAGAGGAUGUGGCCCAAUAUGUCCGGAAAAUUGCGGAAAUGGUGAAUGCCACGAACCGGGUGUGUGCAAAUGUUUGCCUGGUUUUCAUUACACGGCCGCUGAGGGCUGUGUAGCUGUUGAGAAUAAUCGAAAUGAUCAGAUCACACAUGAGGAGGGGCAGGAUGACAGCAAUGGUCCCGAAAUAGAAGGGUAUAUUAGAUACUUCGGCAAGAAACUUCAUUUUAUUGGUCACAUAUUAAAGGAAUCUAAGUAA